AUGAAGCAUGGAAGAAGCAUGGCGACCGCAAUGAUCGCCCUGAAUGAUCACUUCAAAUACAACAGCAAAAUAGCGCGCACUCUUCAACAGUUACUGCCUUCCAUUGAGAGGAAAAUGAUCCAGCUGUGGUUCAACAAGUUGGAGCACAUGGACAAAACAAUGGAACAAAUGGUGAUUCGCAGCGAUUACAUGUGGUUCAUUCUUCUGAUGCUGCAAAGCCGCCGCAUCAGAGAACCGUUCAAUCAACUGCCGCCUCGUCAUGUGGUGCCUUUGAGGAAAUUCGUGCCCUUGAAUGUGUAUGAAGAAGUGCUGAUCUUGAAUGAGCCCCACAUGAUCUACGUGAAACGGAAAUCUUUAGACGACAUCCUCAAAGUGAAGAAAAAGAGGACCGCCACCACUUCCUGCUCCUCGCUGGAUCAGUUUGACUAAUCCGACCAAUCUAGUGCGCUAAAGCCUGUCCAUUUGGUGUACAAAUAUAAAAUUCGAUGCGAAAAAAUCAAGGUUAAACUUGCAGAAUUUCUGCUGGGGUUUUUUCGGGUUUGGGUGUGGAAACAUGCGAUUUGGUCAGUUGAUUGAAAGCCGGCUUUAAGCACUGAACAUGCUGUGGGUGCAAACGACGUCGAUUUUGGCUCUCAUCUAUCUGGUCGAUUGCCAUGUGGCGAUUCGCCCGCGCGAGUUUCUAGUGGAUGCUAAGAAACAGUCAAAAACAGGAGGAACUGGAAUUUGGGAAUGUUUUCGUGAAUUAUUCCGGGCCCAACAAACUGCACUAGCUUGGCAAGUGAAAAGUGGUUUGAACCCCCCAAAACCAAACACUCAGUACAUUUCCGCUAAUAUUUUGCGACUGGAAUGAUGUAAAAUAAAGAGACUAUUUGCAAAA